GCGGCAGGCCCACUGCACGCAGGUGCGCACGCGGCGGCUGAUGAAGGAGCUGCAGGACAUCGCGCGCCUGAGCGACCGCUUCAUCUCCGUCGAGCUGGUGGACGAGAGCCUCUUCGACUGGAACGUCAAGCUGCACCAGGUGGACAAGGACUCGGUGCUGUGGCAGGACAUGAAGGAGACGGGCACCGACUGCAUCCUGCUCAACCUCACCUUCCCCGACAACUUCCCCUUCGCGCCGCCCUUCAUGCGCGUCCUCAGCCCCCGCCUGGAGAACGGCUACGUCCUCGACGGCGGCGCCAUCUGCAUGGAGCUGCUCACCCCGCGCGGCUGGUCCAGCGCCUACACCGUCGAGGCCGUCAUGCGCCAGUUCGCCGCCAGCCUCGUCAAGGGCCAGGGCCGCAUCUGCAGGAAAGCCGGGAAGUCAAAAAAGUCCUUCAGCCGUAAAGAAGCCGAAGCAACAUUUAAGAGUCUAGUGAAGACCCAUGAAAAAUAUGGGUGGGUCACUCCUCCGGUGUCUGACGGCUGAUGAUGCUUGCGAUCUGCCCAUCAGACGCUAAAUGAGACACCAACUAAAAGCGAAGUACUCUGACAUCUUCUCAAUGCAUAAACACACAUCCAUCCUUUUUCUACUUCAGCUUCUGUUAGAUGUCAUGAAUGUCAUGGAGACAUCCAAAUUAUUUAUGAACAGAUCUGUUUAAGGGGGGGAGGGAAGGGAAAUGCUGUAUAAGAUUAUAUUUUGAAACUGGCAAAAUGAUCAGAUUGAUCAUCCUUUGAGUCACUUUAGAGCAGAUGUUGAGAUUGUAUUGCCUCUGCCCCUUCUCCAUCCAAGCCCUCCUCCUGUUGCUGCCGCUGCCGCUCCUUCCUCUGGCUCAGCAGCACCCACCAGCCGUACUGGAACUUUCAUCUGCCAUCGUCUCAUUAAUUUAUAUGUGAACAAAAAAAAUGAAGCUGUUUGUAUUUAAAUAGGGAAGCAAGUGCAUUGCAGAUUCAUUUUUGCUGUGCUGUUUUUAAAAUUUGUGUUUCCAAACAGGUCAACCUAACUUUGAAGAUGUGUUUCUUUUGUGUGGAGCUGUGGUCUGCCGUGGCUGAAAUUCAGGCCCCAUCUGUGCUAUGUAACAUGACCUUUGGUUUCCUUAAAAACAGAAAAACAAGAUUCUAGCAAAGACACAAGCCCUAGUAGUAGAAAAAGAGAAGAAAAGUACCCAGCUGGUCGAAGGGUGCUAGCUCUGGUGACACUGUGGUGUGCAGUCACUCAAAGCAAGAACAAAAAAUACAGGAUCAUGUGGAGGUCAAAAUGGUUUUGGGACCCAGAUACAUCCGAGCCAAAGGGGCAGCAAGGGGCUGGUGGCCGAAGUAGCACUCCUCUUCCUAGUGGAAUGAGGUACUUUAAGAACUGCAUAUAUAUCUGUCAGGCCCUGCAACUGCCAAACAAAAUAAAAUGAGAGAAAAUCAAAAACUAAACUAACAGUACUCAACGGAAAAAAGAGAGAUGGACCAGUUACAAUAGCUAAGUUAGAUUUUUAAGGCCCUUCUAUGACUAUUUGCAUGCCUGGAUUCUCCCCCCACCCCAACACGAUAGAGAUGUCACAUCCUUCCAGCCCAGGGUCAGAGAGAAUCGACUACUAUAUAAAGGCUCGGGAGGGCUGUUAAAGAUUUAUGUUCCUGCUUCUACUUAACAGGUUUUUAAGACUGCAUAUAAUGUUCCUAUGAACAUGAAGGAUGAACUUGGAAAUGUGGAACCUGACUGUGUUGGACUCAUUCUGAAUAAAAUCAACCAAACCAUC